GAAUCGAUGCGAAGGAAAGGAUAUAUCGGGUUGCGGCUUUAUUUUUAGGGAAAGCUCCUUUUAAAGCAACUUGCAGUGUGGGACUUACUCCCAAGUAAGAUAGAGCUGUAAGUGGAUCGGGCUUUGAGCGCGCCCCGGCAGGCCGGUCUCAAGCGGUUGGGUUCAGAUGCCUGCCGCAGCAGCUGCACGUGGAAAAGGCGCCAGGCGUCGCCGGAACGCUCAUUAAGGCUCCACGUGGCGCUAGAGCCGCCUCGGCCCUGGCCUAGAGGGUUUGGAAUCGGCCAUGCAGUACCAGGAAGAAGAAAGUAGAGAGAAAGAAGGUGAUCUGCCGGACAGAAAUGAAUACUAUCUAGAGUCAUUAAUAAGUGAUGCCUUUAAGGGAAAAGGAUUUCAGAAAAUAAAUGAAAUAAUACAAGAAAAGGAUAUUUAUCCUCCUCAGAAGUACAGCAAACAACUAUUAAACCAACUGGACAAAGUUCUAAAAAAGGAAUUGGACAAAAAUGAGUUCCCAAAUGUAUCCCUGUUGUUGAAGUGCAUUCAGCAGUACUGUAGAAGUGAUCCUCAAGAAGGUGUAAAUUUGCUUCUUCAGCAAGGAUUAAUAGCAAAGAUGGUCACUUGGUUUGAAAGAACAAGAGAUUUUUUGAGCCUGAUAGAACCAAAGGAAAGUAAAUUCUUGGUAAAUCUUGUUGAAGACUUCUUUGACACAGCUUUGAUCAUUGGCAAAAGCAACACCGAAGGGAAAAAACAGUUGCUGGAGUCUUUCAUACCAUAUUUGGGACAUCUAGCUACUGACAAUAAUGUCAACUGUGCCGUUCGACAGGAGGCUCUGAGAACUUUAAACACUCUGUUGAACAACGUUGCACGAGAAGAGAGAAAAAAGUUUGCUCUGUCCGAAGAGAUGUGUCUGCUUACGAAAGAACUUGCGAAAGCAAUUCUGGAUGUUGGUGACUACGACAUCCAGGUUGCUAUUGUGGAAGCCUUGUUCAGGCUGAUGUUGAAAAAGUGGAGAGAUGAUCUUGUUCACAAUUGGUUUGAAGAUCAACACCUUGCGAAGGCUUUUAGAGAAAUCAAGGAUAGAGAAUUUGAGACAGAUUCCAGGAAAUUUCUUAAUGAAUUAAAUGAAAGGCUUGGGGAUGACAGACGGGUCUGUUCAAUUCCAUGUAAAGCUGCUCAUGCUGAUAUGAAUAAGUUGAAGAAACCACCUGAUGACAAACUGGAGGAGUUUUGGAUUGACUUCAAUUUUGGAAGCGAGAGCAUUACCUUCUACUUGGAGAGCCCUGAGGGUGCUCUUUGGGAGUCGGCGCGGUUGACAAAGGAAGAUGUCAGUAGCUACUAUCUCACAGAGGAAGGGGGAGAAAAGGUUCUUAAAAUGCUCAUGAAGAACCCUACAGUCAUCAACAAAAAAGAAGUAACAAAGAUAAAAAUUCACUUUGAUAGCCAGUUUGAUGUCUCAACACCACUCUUUAAAGUAAUGGGAAAAGAUAAAAUGAUGAUAACGUUCGACAAAGAUAAUUACUACAGUGGGAAUCAGCCACCGCAAAAUGCAUCAGUAGCAAGCAGCCAUCUGGAGAGUGGAAAAGAUCUUGCGGGUGCAGAUUCCUUAUUGGACAUUUUGACAUCACAGCUGAGCGAUCAGUCUGUUACGACUACAUCACCAACCAUUACUCCUGCAGAUCCCACGGCGGCUAUAGAGAGCCAACCGACAGAAGAGCAACAUGGCAGUCAAGCUUCCAGUGAUGUAGUUGCACUUUCUCUAACAAAUGCAGUGAAAACUCCUGCACCACUGAACACACUGAAAGCCUCUCCACUGAGACCAAAGGACAACACUGCGGAGCCAACCACGGAAGGAGAUUCUGACGUCCAGAGUAGAGAAGAACUCCCUUUAGUGGAUGAUGCACUAGAGAAGACAAAUGCAAGGAAAAGUUCAACCAAACACAGUAUAGAGACAAAUAAGGAUGCAUAUGAAUUUGAACACUCAUCCGAUCCUGUGGCACAUGAGAUGGUCUCCGAAAUGAAGCAGAAAGUAUUUGUCCAGAAGGCUACUUCACACAGGAGCUCCAGCAAACGAAACCUUGACCUGAGCAAGUCUGAGAGAAGGCUGUCUACUAGCUACAAGAAUCAUCUGUUCUCAGAAAGCAACCAAGAAACUCCAAGCAACAGUGCCAGUGAGAAAAGUUGGAUUCUCGACUCUCAGAAAAAGUCAACGCCCAAAACUGCUGACUAUACUCGGAAAAGGCUGAGGGUCAAAAGCAAUUUAAAAGUAUUGCCAUUGUCUUCUCCAAGUAGUGGCAGUGAUCGUCAUACAAAAAAGGUGGAGAGUUCAGCAAAGGCAAAGAGAAGAUUGAAACCAAGCACAGAGAUGCGCAGCUCCACAACAGUGCAGCCAGUUCGUGUUUCUUCAACUCCUUUGUCACAUAUUAGACAAAGUGGCAUGGAAAUGGUGGAUGCCACUUUGCCAUUAAGCAGUAAUUUUUCGCCGGAUAACUCAGAUGCUGGAGUGAACAAGGAAUACGAAGCUGCGUCUAGUACUCUAGCCCUGGAAGAUGAAGUCUCUAGAUCCAAGCGGAAGCUUUCAGACUUCACAGCUGGUUUUGAUAGGAAGCGUUCAAAACUGACGGAGAGGAGCCCCAGUGACGAGCAGUCUCCCAGCAUUCCUUUUGUACCUAGAAAACUCUUUAACUCUGUGGAGACAGAAAAAGAGAGUCACAGAGGCGAGAGCUCAGAUGAAUUAGAGGAUGACGUAUUUGUCUCCAAAAUACUUGAGGAAGGAAUUGGUGACUCAGGGGUCAUUGCUGCAUUUGAAAACUUCACAAGUGAAUUGAAGAAAACCUUUUGGUCUAGGUACAAGAGGAUGGAGAUUUACACCCAAAAUAUUCUGAGGGCACCUGAGCAGAAUAUUUCAGCGUUGUUCAAUCGGAUCCAUCAGAGGCGGCUGAAUGAACUGGAACAUUUCCAGACUAUUGUUGUCCAGGAACUUGCCGCUCUUGAGAAGAGAAUUCAGUUUCUCGCAAGCCUUGAGAAGGAUACUGUGGAAUUUUGGACUAAACAAUCCAACAAACUGAACAGUAAACUGAACACUUUUUGCAUUCAUCAAAUGCAGAGGAUACAGUCCAUGGAUUCAGAGCUGGAUGAAACAACAAAGAAUCAUGAUGUCCUCCAAAAUGUUGCGUUUGGAAAAGCAGUAGACCACGAGGAAGAGAGAAGCAAGGUUUUUGUGAUUGCUUCUGACUGAUUAAAAAUUAAUCUAAGCUGACCUGAAGAGCCCUCAUUAAAUGCUGAUGUGUCUGGAUCAUUGUUGAGAAUACAUUGGACAAAUGCCUUUGGUUCAUAGCUACUGUAUCUCUGUUGCACUUAGUGCUACUAAAGGCUUAAAUGGAUA